AUGCUCAACAGGCUCUACUCAACAGCUGGACCGAAGGCACUGACUUUGAGCUCGACAUCCAUGACAGUCCGAAACGCCAAUUCAACCUUCUCGCCAAGCUGCUCGGUUGGGCUGGCGGUGAGGAGCCGUGGAAAGCGAAGUGGCUUCAGGCUUUUGAUGAGAUCUAUGUCUGGCGUGCUCUCGUUGUCAACUUGGAUGUUUCCAGUGCUAGCUCUGCACUGGCCGCUAGCGAUGAUGGUACAUCUGUCUGGCAUCAAUUCGACGGUUUCAUGCCCAACCCAAGCGCGCCCUUCAGCAAUGAGUUCUGGCGUCUCUCUAGGCACAUGGGCUGGGACAAAGUUGAACGUCGUCUUCACCGCAUUGAAAUCUUCAAUGAUGACUUCGAAGAUCAUUAUGGCGGUGAUACCGGCGACCUGGACACUUGGCAGAAGCUGUGCAGUGUCUGUAACAUCGAUCCGAUCCCGGACACUAUUCCUGGUUGUAUGGAGGUACUCGAGAACGUUCUGGCUAAUAUCUUUGACGUUCUCGAUAACCAGCGGACUGGUGUUCCUGUGCCACUGUUUGAGGAUUUCAUGGUAUUCGCCAAAGACGCCCUCAAGCCGGGUCGCACCUAUCCGCUUGACAUGGCAAAGAGAGAUACUUUCCUUCCGGUCUUCCUAA